GGCCGCAAGUUACACGGAAUCUUUUGUGAUCGGAUUAAUUGCAGCACCAACAAUGGCAGCAAACGGAGUGAAAUUCGAGCAGCGCCACGGCAAAUCCAGGGUUAGAGUCGGCCGGGUUUGGAGAGAACCAAGCGGCCGCCACCAUUUCGUCGAAUGGAACGUCAGCAUCAGCCUCCUCUCCGACUGUCUUCCCGCCUAUACUCGCGCCGACAAUUCCGACAUCGUCGCCACCGAUACCAUGAAAAACACGGUAUAUGUGAAAGCUAAAGAAUGUCGCCAGCAGCUUUCGGUGGAGGACUUUGCCAUACUACUUGGCAACCACUUUACGUCUUUCUAUCCCCAGGUCUCGGCUGCAAUUAUCAACAUAAUUGAGAAGCCCUGGGAACGUAUAAACAUUGAUGGCCAGCCACAUGAUCAUGGUUUCGAGCUUGGAUCUGAGAAGCACACAACUGAAGUCGUAGUGAAGAAAUCCGGUGGGCUACAAGUUAUUUCUGGUAUUGAAGGAUUGGCAGUGCUAAAGACCACCCAGUCAGGUUUUGAAGGCUUUGUUAGGGACAAGUAUACAAUUUUGCCUGAAACUCGAGAAAGGAUGUUUGCAACAGAGGUUACCGCAUCUUGGAAGUACUCUUAUGAGACCCUUGCGAGUAUCCCUGCAAAACAGUUAUAUUUCAUGGAGAAAUACAAGGAUGUGAAAAAGAUUUUAAUUGAAACAUUCUUUGGGCCUUCUAAAGGAGGAGUGUACAGUCCAUCUGUUCAAAGUACUCUCUACGACAUGGCAAAUGCUGUGAUUGCCAGGGUUCCCGAUGUUUCAUCAAUUCAGUUGAAGAUGCCAAAUAUUCACUUUUUGCCUGUCAACUUAUCAAGCAAAGAUAAUCCUAUAGUCAAGUUUGAGGAUGAUGUGUUUUUACCAACGGAUGAACCACAUGGAUCGAUCCAAGCUAGCCUGAGCCGCCUUCACUCAAAGAUGUGAAGGAAACUCACAGAGAUGCUUCAUGUCUGAAAUAAUAAGAAAUGGUAACGUGUCUGUUAAAGCUGGCAUGUUUAGAAUAUGACUGAUCAGUGUUUACCAUCAAAUCUAACAUUUUCCCUAUCUUGUUUUCACUGUAAUCUGUACAUUUUGUGAAGGUAUAUAUAUUAUCUUAUUGCUUGA